GGUGCCGAGUCUAAAGCGAAAGGUUCUUCAAAACGGUUGGUCACGUACGGCGCGAAAGAAGUUCAACGCUGUUACAUGCACACGUGCUCUCGAUCUGUUAUGGACUUCACAAUCGCCUUCAUACUGCAAGCAACACUUCUAACGGGCCUCGCUACGGGACAACGCUACGUUGGCGUUACGCUGGCAAACGUGGGCGCGAGUACCACCCUGGGCUGCCAAAUCGCCGACAUGAGCUGGAACAGCAACGAAGCAUUUCAAGUCACCUGGAAAUGGGCUCCGAGGAAUUCUGUCCAAAAGAAACACGUGCAAAUAUCGAAGCAAAGCAAAUCUGAAUUCCAAGUGCAACAAGAUUUCAAGGACAGGCUAACGAGAGUAUCGAAGGAAGGCUACAAAUUUGGCGACUUCUCUCUGAAUAUCUCCAAAGUAAGGCGGGACGAUGCUGGCAUCUAUACCUGUCACGUGAAGGAAAACUCAGCGACGCGGAGUUACGUGACGCAUCUCUACACAGACGAAGAAUUCGCCACAAGGACGGCUUCAAAUAACAUCUAUGUGAGAGCCAGCGAAAACAAAAAUGCUUCACUGCCUUGCGAUUUGUCCAACAUUAAACCCCAGAAGAAUCGAGGGGUUUCUUGGUUUUUGCAUGGCGACAAAAGACAAAUAUCCAAGUUGUACUUUGAGCGAUUCAUGUACAACAGUAGCCUCUACAAAGCGCACAGGCACAGCGAGAGAAUCGAAGUGCCGCUGAAAGAAUUUGAAAACAACGUGUUCUCGCUGCAAAUUAACAACAUCAACAAGGACGACUUCGGAGUGUACACGUGUUUCGUGUACGACGGCGGCCAGAUUUACGAGCGCUCAGUGAGGUUAUACUCCGACCAAGAACCAAUGCCAACCAAUGAAGACAUUUUAAAUUUCGAUGGAUCUUAUAUCACCUCGUCGUCGUCGUCGUCGUCAUCGUCUUCGCCACACCUGACCACUCCGACUAAACAAGCCCGGUGCCCCCUCUUGCAAUGCUUAGUGCCUUCCAUUAUGGCGGCUGUAUUGGUCGCCAUUACCCUGUGCAUCAUCAUCACCGUCUACACGCACAGAUGGAUGUGCAAAGAUUAUUGCAAAGCAAAGAAGAAAACGUGCGACCCAGAGAAAGUGGAAAUGCACGGACCUCAAAUUUCCACAGGUGUAUUGCUCCAAGAAAGUCAAGAGAAUGAUUUCACGGAGAUAUCCAACAAGCCGAACAACAACCAACCCACCUAUAUGCCCAUGUCCAGUCCUGUCAACCGGCCUGCGACGUACGAAAACAUGCAGAGGAUGGCAACGUACAGCAGCAACACGAGUGACCUGGCAAAGACGAAGCACAGCAGAGCGAAGCGACCCAGGCAGGCCAGGCGAUGCAAAAACAAGAACAAGCCUCCUGCACCAGCUGCUGCUGCAGCUCCAGCUGCUGCUGCUUCUUCUGCUGACACUACGACUGCGCCACCUGUACCUAUUCGACACCAAUCCAAGAGAAGACCUCAUCAAUCGUUGUACUCCGACUUACAAUACGGAUACCAGGAGAACACCGUGUAUUCCUGCAUCAACGCUCCUUCGAGAACAUGGCCAGGCGAGAGCUGUGGAAACUCGGCGAACGAAGAAGAGGAGAGACUGGGACCGGCAGGAGGGGAGCUGCUCUACUCGGAGCUGGACCACGACGUGGCGACCACAAACCGCGCUGCGUCCGACGACGGCGGUGGCGGUGGCAGCAGCGUGGGGCUCGCCCUGGAAGACAACGAGCUGUACGGAGCGGUGCCCUAAGCGCUGCCGCGUCCGUGGUCACAAAGAGACAGAGACUGCCCUUCCCCCCCC